UAGAUAAGAGCCAACACGUGGAAAUGUUCACACCGACAGCCGACUCCUGUGUAACAUGGUCACAAUGAAGUCCUGCUUUCUUUUUGCCUGCAUUAUAGGCCUAUCCCUUGCACAGGAUUAUAUAGAGCUCCGCCCUUAUAACCUGACCGCUUUAAACAUAUUCCAUAAUUCGGAUUUCAACGGCAACGGACAAUUUGAGCGCAGCGAGCUCAACGACGUCUUCCAGAACUACGACGUGAACCACGAUGGUCGUAUAGCUCGGCACGAGUAUCUUCACUUCGUCUCCCAGCCUCUGUACAACUUCGCCGUGAUACUAUUUGAGGACUAUGACUGUGCACCGCCACCCGAUGGUUUCGUUGAUGACGUAGACUUCGACUUAUAUUACAAGUUAAUGGAUGGAAACCAGGACGGAAUGGUGGAUAGUGAUGAGUUCGUGCACCACUGGAUAAGCGUCCUUGAGAAUAAUGAGGCCGCCCACUCUCCUUCACAGCCACCAGUUAUGCCAUGAAGUAGCCAGAGCCUAUCUAGAACUUUGCUGGUAUUAAUAAACCAUGAUCCUCAUUGA